AUGUGCCUGGUUGGACCUUCAGUGAAGUACCUGCCGCAGAUGCUGGAAUCUCUGGGGCUUCCGAUCAUCUCCUACGACACACAGUUCUCUCCAAACUCAAGGCCGGCCUUGUCCUUGCAACUAGCGCCCACCAUGGGUCAGAUGAUCGAUGUGCUCUUUGCUUUUCUCAAGACGUUCUCCUGGUCAGACUUCUCCUUCUUGUGCACGCUUUCCUAUGGCUGUCUCGACGAGAUCGCUUCCAUCAGGAUCAAAGUUCAGGAGUUUCAGCGCCAGCAAAAAGUCGGCAUCUAUGGCGGGGAUGCGUUCUCCUACCGGCUGCUGUCCUACGUCAACUUCACCGAUGGAAGAGACCAGAACGAAGUAGUGGAUAAGUUAAAAUACCAGCUACACAAGGACUCGAGAAUCAACUUGGUACACGGAAGUGGAGCAGAAGUGAAAACAAUCAUGGAUGUGGCCAAGGAACUAGGUCUUACAGGACAAGAAUAUGUGUGGAUAUUCACAGCUGCUUCCAUCAGCAUUUCUGAGGAGAAUCCAACUGUGGAUGACAGUUAUCCAUUAGGCUCAUUCAUUAUUGGAUUCAACAGCGGUAGAGAUGACAUGGAGACUAUAGUCAAGAUGGGGGUCAGACUUUGGCUGGAAGGGCUGAAUUCUUUGGCCACAUCCUCAGAUGUGGAAAGGGUUGACUUCAAGACAGGCUUCUCCUGUACCCUGCCAGGAGACUUGAUGUUUGAUGAGUCUGGUGUCCUCAAGUCCAACAAGUUCUGGAUCAAGAAUGUUCAGAGUUCCAGUUUCUAUUCCAAUAAUGAUUACACAAGAAAGAGCAAAAGGCAUCAAAACAAAGCCAGUGCAAAUCUACACCUCCCAAGGGAAAACCUGAGAAAUAUGUGCUCAGAGUUGUUACCUGGAGGGAGGAACCUCAUGUCAUCUACAGCGAAAAGAUCAACAGCACAGGUGAAGCCUCAGAGACAUGCAGCACCAACUCUUUACCUUACUCAACAUGGAACCAAAGACGUGUGCUGUACAGGGCUGUGCAUCGACCUACUCAUGAGGCUGAGUGAGAUGCUCCAUUUUCAGGUUGAGUUGUCUGAAGUCUCAGAUGGAGGCUAUGGAAGCCCACUCAAUAAAAACUUCACUGACUGGAAUGGAAUGCUGGGAAUGUUGAUUCACAACAAAGCUGAUAUGGCUCUUGGAGCUCUGUCAAUAACACCAGAAAGGGCUGCUACGGGAAUAUCCAUCAUCGUGGCCAUCAGAGAGGGAGUCAUUUCACCGACAGCAUUUCUAGGAUAUAACAAACUCAUAACACUUCCUAGCUCUUAUAAAAUUGAUCUGCCAUUAGAACCAUAUGAUUAUCCUUCUUGGAGCCUGAUUCUUGUGUUCAGCGUGCAUGCUACAGGAGCUUCCAUGUUCAUCUUUGAAUGGUUGAGCCCUUAUGGAUUGAAUCAGGGCAAGACCUCUUUCAGUGUGCACAAGUUCUCACUAUUCCGCUCAUUCUGGUUGAUUUGGUCAAUGCUCUUUGGAGCUAGUGUCACCACGGACCAGCCACGUGGAAUUGCCAGUCGAUUCCUGGCCAACAUUUGGGCAUUGUUUGCGGUGGUGUUCUGUGCUUCCUACACUGCCAACCUGGCCGCUUUCAUGAUCACCAAAGAUGAUUUCUAUGACCUCAGUGGUAUCCAAGACUGGAGGUUAAAAAAUCCUCACCACCGACACCCACCAUUCAAGUUUGCAACCAUUGCCAACUCGUCUACUGAUGCAAACAUUGAGAAAAACUACAAGGAGAUCCAUCGUUACAUGAAGUCUGAGCCACAGACAGAUGUCAAGGAUGCCAUCCAGAAUUUGAAGAAAGGACAUAUUCAAGCAUUCAUCUAUGACUCAACCACACUGGAGUAUGAGGUUGGAAAAGAUGACUUCUGUAAGCUGAAGACUGUAGGCAAGAGAAUUGCUGAAACAGGAUAUGGUCUGGCAUUUUCUAAAAGGUCACAAUGGGUGCAGGACGUCAACAAAGCAAUCCUACAGCUGCAAGAAAGUGGGGAGAUUGAACGCCUGCAGAAGUUCUGGCUGGUGGGUGCAUGCCAUAAAAAGAAAGAAUCAGGAGUGUCAAGUCAUACAUUAGGAAUCUUGAAUUUCACAUCAGCAUUUCUCUUACUGGGAGCUGGAGUCCUUCUGAGUAUCAUCUUGCUCAUCUUGGAACACAUUUACUUUCGGUUUGGCAGGAAGUCUUUGAGAAAAUGUGACAAACAGGGCUUCUGUUCACUGGUGAGUCUGAGUAUGGGACAGUCCUUGACAUUUGAGCAGACGGUGAAGGAGGCCAUGGACUACCACCGACACUACAAGUGUAAGCAUCCACACUGUGAAACACAACUCUGGAAAGUCAGACAUGACUUGGAUCUUGCCCUGUUGAAGAUUUCUCAGCUGCGGAAACACAUUACUUCAGUUGCACAUAUCAGUUCUCAGUCUCUAUCAUCAGAACUGUCAUCUGAACAGUCAGAGAAACCAGUUUCUCCUAACUUCCCAAAGUUCUUCAGAGAGAAUCAAUCAACAACUAACUAUCAGUCUACAGGGAUGUCUGUCCCCACAAGCUCGCUCAUGUCAGAGCUGUCGGAAGAUGAUAGUGAUUUCUUCACUGCUGGAAGCUCAUACAAUCAUUAUAACCUGCAUACAAGUUGCCCUUAUGAUACUAGAUACUCUAGGGUACCAAAACUAAACCACUUGAAAUCAGAAACCAACAAAUCAGAAUCCAAGAACGAUGAGAGCAGUGUGAGGACGGUAACAGCCAAGUCUGGCAAUAUUUGUAUGAAUAUUGAUGAAGUCAUUGGUAAAGAAACAUCCUUUUAA